AACAGUUAGAACAAUAUUACUGCAUUGUCCUCAACUUGAAACAUUAAAUUUGUCAUUAUGCAAGGUAACAACUCAAGCGUUCGAUCUAGGAGAUGAACAAUGUAAAGCGUUAAAAGUUAGAGAUCUUGACUUGAAUGGCUGUCGAAGCAUUGACAAAGCAGUGGUUUCAUUUAUUAUCAUUCUAUUUCCAAAUAUCACUCACUUAAAUAUACAUGGAAUUUCUGGAAUAACAACGCAUACUCUGGUCAAUUUGGCCUAUCUUUCGAAUUUGGAAUGUAUUAGCAUGUUUGGAAAUAUGCAUGAGGAUGGAUUGGGUAUCGAAGAUGCAUUCUUAAAAUUCUCAGAGUCUUGUCCACUGCUUCGACAAUUUGUUUUGGAAGAGUGUCCAGAUUUGACCGACAAUUGCGUUCGGUAUUUAGUGAUAUCUUGUGUUAAUUUGGAAGAACUUACCUUGAAUGGAAGUUACAAAUUAACCGAUGAAGCGAUACAAUAUAUCGGAAAUCAUUGUAGUCAACUGAAAGUUCUCAGAAUAGGAAAAUCACCAGGCAUUACUGAUGCAGGUAUUAGUGUGAUGAUGGAUUUUGGAUGUGGAUCUCUAUUGGAAAUUAUUGAAUUGAAACAAAAUAAUAUAACCGACAAUUCGUUGAGGAAAUUGGCAGAUUGUUGUGAUAAACUUAAGAUGAUUAACGUUAAUUUGUGUCCCAAUAUAACCGGAAGUGGUAUAGCAUACUUGGUUAAGAAAUGUGGGAAAUCGAUGCAACAUCUGUCCAUGGUGGAUUGCCCUAGUGUUGCGCCUGAUGCGGCCGAUCUUGCUAGGAGAGUGCUUGGACAGUAUGGUGGAACGGUCAAUUACUUAUUUCGUGCUUUACGUUAA